CCCGGAGCAGCACAGAGUAAAUCAGCGCGACACUCUCCGCGUUCGGCCGGAGCAGCGGAUCCGCGCGCCGCAGUGUGUGAGAGAGGCUCGCGGAGGAGUGUGUGAGAGCGCGUGAGAGUGACACGGCGAGUGCGCUCGAGCGACUACAGGCGGAAUGCUGGUGUGAUCCGCGCGCGAACCUGUGUGUGUAUGAGCGGAGAGCAGCGCGAGCACAUGAGCGGAGAGUGAGGAGCACAACUCUACAAGUUCAGCACGGAAUACCCAGGCAGGGAGACGAGGAGGCGGACACAAGUGCAGGAGCAGGCGAAGACCAUGGAGCGCAAAGAAACUCUCAGCCUGCUGUGUGUGCUGGUGUGUGUGUGGACCCAGGCCACUUACACACAGGGUUCCACAAAGGUUCCUGAGGACUUCACACCAGAACCCAUUGUGCUCCCUCACUUCACCAGCUGUCGUUCCAGAGAGCAGGAGACAUUUAGAUGUUGGUGGAGUACAGGCAGCUUGGCGAACCUCAGUGAACCUGGAGCCCUUGCCGUCUUCUUCCACCAGAACAACCUAAUGCCCAUUGGCUGGCAGGAGUGUCCGGAUUACACGGCCACUGUGGAGAACGAAUGCUACUUCAACAAGUCUUUCACCCAUAUCUGGACCUCCUACUGCGUGCAGCUUCGUGCCACUUCCCAAAACAUCACCUACGAUGAGUACUGCUUCACCGUGGAGAACAUAGUGCACCCCGAUCCCCCUGUGGGGCUCAACUGGACGCUGCUGAACGUCAGCAGGUCAGGGAUUAACUUUGACAUCCUGGUUCGAUGGGCCCCGCCCCCUUCGGCAGACGUGCAAACAGGCUGGAUGAGUCUGAAAUACGAGGUCCACUACCGGGUCAGGAAUGCCUCACACUGGGACAAGCUUGAACAGGAGAGCGGGUCACAGCAGUCCAUCUACGGCCUGCAGACCGAUAAAGAGUACGAAGUUCGGAUUCGCUGUAAAAUGUCCGCAUUCGACAACUUUGGGGAUUUCAGUGAGAGUGUGUUUGUGCAGGUCGCUCCCAUUCCCACCAAAGUUUCGGUGUUCCCGAUGGCACUGCUGCUGGUGUUUGGUGUGGUGGGGAUGCUGUUCCUCCUCGUACUCAUCAUCUUCUCACAGCAGCAGAGGUUAAUGGUGAUAUUACUGCCUCCAGUUCCAGCUCCAAAAAUCAAAGGGAUUGAUCCAGAACUCCUAAAGAAAGGGAAAAUGGACCAGCUGAAUUCUCUGCUGAGCAGCCAGCACAUGUACAACCAUGACACAUACCGCGAGGACCCCUGGGUGGAGUUCAUCCAGCUGGACCUGGACGACGCUUGUGAGAAAAACGAAAAUUCGGACACUCAGCGUCUUCUGGGUCUGACUCGUCCUGGCCUGAAAGGUGACGACGACUCUGGACGUGCCAGCUGCUACGACCCGGACUUCCUGCCAGACACAGAAGGCCUUCUGGCAGCCCACUCUGAGAUGGAAGAGCGUCACCCUCUGGUCAGUGAGAGCAGUCCAUCUACUCCCAGCCCAGAGCUGGCAGAAACCCCCUUCUUCCCUGUUCAGUCACAGCCUGUCAGCCAAAGCUGGAUCAACAUGGACUUUUACGCCCAGGUGAGCGAUGUCACGCCGGCAGGGGCCGUGGUUCUUUCACCCGGGCAGCAGAAUGACACGCCUAGCAAGAACCCUGUUGACAAGACGAAGAAGGAAGAAGAAGAGGCUGGUAAAGAGGAGGAGCAUGAGAAGAAAAUGAAAUUGCAGCUCCUAGUGGUGGAUCCAGACAGAGGCUAUUCUCACGAAGUCAUCGCCAGGCAGGUUGAAUCUAGCGGCGCCCCCUUCUGUUCAGCUCCUGAGAUCGCCUACCACACCCUUCCUCCUGAGCCUGCUGAGGAACCCCACGGCUGGCACGGUGAAUACCUGGCACCCGACGGAGAAGCCCAGAUGGCGUAUUUUCUGCCCGAAGCUCCCCCAGCCUCAAUGCUGCCCCCUGUCUCAGACUAUACAGUAGUGCAGGAGGUAGAUGAUCAGCGCAGCCUUCUUCUAAACCCCUCAGCACGACAGUCUCCAGCAUGUCCACCAAACCCCAUCAAACAUCUGCCCAGCAUGCCAGCCGUGCCCGUGGGGUACCUGACCCCAGAGCUGCUGGAGAACCUAAGCCCGUAAACCCCUUUGGGAAGCUUUAGCACAGAAGCUAAACGGUUUUUACCAUAUGCGCGUAUUUACACAUGCUGGAACCCAAAGUAGCACGACAGACAGAUGCAGACAGUAAACGUUCAUUUGUGUUGGCUUGUGUAGACUGAUUGUCUGAUAUGCUAGUCUAAGGGGGAACGCUGUAAAUGUGUGUGCUUGUGGAUGGUAUACAUUACAUGCUGUUUUUCUGGCACACGUUAGCAAAAAACAUCUCACAGAAAUACAUUCAUGUGCCUGUGCUAACACUAGCUUAGCCUAAUGAACCCUAUACUCAUCUUGUGCUUUAGGGAGGACGAGGGCGAGGUUGAGGUGCAGUUUAAGCUGCAUUUGUCAACACUGAUUAAGUCUAAUUUUUGACUUAAUUUGCCAAGCUUUGAGAACCCUAUUUAGUCUAGACUUAUGCCUAAUGUGGGACUGGGAAAGCAGCAGCAAAGUAACAGUUUAAGCCAUGCAGAACCUGGGUUUAGAUAACCCUCUGUUUGCAUCCUGAUAAGCUAGAGUGGAAUAUUAGAGAUGGCACGAUUACAGAUACUGAUUAUGAUACCAAUGUAUCUUGAGCUCAGGCUGAUACCGAUCAAAUAUGCUCAGUUAGAGAAGCAAUUUCCAAACAUGUGCUUUGCUGAAUAGCAAUUUGUUUUGAUUUUCUUAUGAUAAUGCUAGCCUACCUGUAGCUACUGAUGCUAUCAUGGGGCUUACAUGCAUUUAAGUUACAUUAGUUGUAGUAUUAAUUCUGUACCUGUACUUUACUUCAGUCUUACAUGUUUGUCUGCGUCUUCAGUCUAACAUUAUUUCCAUUAAUCUGACUUCAUGUCAUUUACAGUGCUAUAUUUCUACUAAUGCUUCUACUAUAAUGCAGAUUUAUUUUAUAUCAUGUUGUGAUAUUAUUACUAAUCCAACUGCUUCUUUAGUUUUUUUUGUAUUUCUACUGAUCCAGGUUUAUUUUGCUUUAGGUUUACAGUAUUAAUACUAGUUCAGCUCUGCUUCACUUUACAAACUUUUUUACAGUAUUUUUGCUAAAAUGACUCUUUCUUGAUGAAUUUAUUUUAAUAAUCCAACUUUCUAUCGGUUAACGUUACAAAAUUUCAGUGUAUGUAGUUUUAUUUUCCUUUAUAUUAUGAUACGAUUAUGAUGGCUUUAUGUCAUCUUUAUGUUAAGGUAUUUCUAAUAAUCCACCUCUAUUUUACUGUGCUACACACUAUUCCUACUUAUCUGUUUAGAUUGUUGUAUUUGUACUAAUCUGGCCCCAGUUCACUUGUUGUUGCAUUAUUUCUACUAAUCCUUCUAAUAUAACUACUAAUCUUCUCAUUUAUUUUGCUUUUCUACUCGUCUGGCUAUUUCAACUAAUCUGGCUAUUAACUUCAGGCCACUUUUCAUUGUGCUACAGGCUAGAUUUGUUACGGAAUCUCAUUGAAUUAGCUAUUUUGGGUCGGUGUCAACCUGAUGUUGGUACUGGAAUCUGUGCCAUCUCUUUGAAAUAUUGAUCUCUACACUUUUACUGUGAAGGAAAACACUAUUGGUUCAAAUCAUCAAGGUUGCAGGGAACAUCCCGUUCCAGCCAAAUAGCCGGGAUUCUGCUCAAGCCAGAGAUGAGUCAUGAGUCAUCUGCGAAACACAGCGAUAUUUCUCUUUGACUCUUACUGCCGCAUAGCCUUGAUCCUGUCAGAGCGUCCGAUUUAUAGAAGCGAUUCUUUUUUAAUGCGGCGCGGCCGUGUGGCACAUUUCAAUUUCCCUGCAUCAGCCCGGAGUGGAGCGGAGACCGGCACAGACAUAAAGAGGCUGCUUUUGCUGAUUGAAAGAAAGCUGUCUUUUACAGAAGCCAAAAAAAAACUAUGUUUGCUUAAAUGAGUGAUGUUUAGGGGGAUUGUAUACGUGCGCUUAUGCAUUUCUAGCCAUAGGGUCUAGAUAUCUAAGCCUUUGUACUGAAGCCUCUUGUCUUAAUGAACAGAUUAAGUGCUUAAGCCUUGCCUAUUUUGUGAGUUAUUACAUACAGGAUGCGAUGACUGUAUGGAAUUGCUUUUACAGCAGACUGGGCUGUUUAUAGUGUUGUCUUACAGCUUCACAGAUGGUUUGAUGUUUUUUCGCCUUUGUACACAUGUAGCAGUUUUAUAACCAUGAAGUGAUGAUCACUAUUACAAUCUAUUACAAUCUAUUACAGUCUAUUACAGUUGUGACGGUGCAGAGUUGGACUGAAAGAUACAGAUGCUCGCUCCUGAUCAUACAAUACGUUGUUUCAUAUUGUUUCAUGUUGUUUAAUGAAGUCCGCACAGCUAUAUGCACAACCUCACCAUGCAGGAAAAGCUACUUAUUACAGGGAGUAUAAAAUAAUCAUGCAUUUCUUUCAGAGCAGGAAUUAUAACUGGAAACCGGGAGUGUUUAACUGCGUAUGAAACACACUUUACAAAAUACACUACACAAAAACAAAGGUCUAAGGUUAUUUAGGUUGUUUAAUUUAAUGUAUAAAGAUAAAAAACCUCCAUACUCCAUUCAUAAUAAAGGUUCAGUUAUUAAUCCAUUAAUCCCUAGAACCGCACAUCCAGGCAGUUCUUUAUGAACCUUUAUUUUAAAAGGAGAACUUCACCAAAGUCUCAGAACUUCUCUCUCCAUAAUGCAGCGCUUCAGAGUUGGGUUUGAUAUGAAUCUCUGGUUCAUUCUGGAAACUGGAGAAACUGGGUAUUUCUUUACACUGCUGACAAAUGCAGUCAGACAUCAGUCGCCAUGACUACAAUACCUAAUAUAGCCAUUUUAUUUCCCAUCCAAGCCCACCAGUGAACCUACAAUUGUCUUUUGAGUUGUAUAUGUAAUCUUGAUGACAGUAAAAUUGUGUAAAAUUAAUAAAAAAAAAAAGUAUAUUUUGUGCUACUUAAAUCCACCAAUUUAAUAAUAUGCAGUUUUGAACAGAUGUUUUAGAUGCAAAAUCUUCCAAAAACUAUGUCAGAAAUUUCUAAGGUUCAAAAAUCUGUAAAGUUUUCUUAUUUGUGCUAUUUUAUGUCCCUUCACCAAUUUAAAGCAAAAUCUUGUCAAAUCUGUGGCUGUGUCUUAGACAUCAGACAGUCUAUUCAUAACCCUUUGGUGUAAUAACGUUCUGUGAGGUUCGGUUCACUGCCACUCUGAACAAUUCUGACAGGAAAAUUUCACCGGAAUGAAAGGUUUCACACCAAACCCACUCUAAGCGAGUUUGUUUACAUCUUUAACAUUUAAUUACAAGGGAAUAUUAAACGAUUCUGUUGCAUUUCCCUUUAAGAGUGUAUUAAAAUGAACAGACUGACCUUUAUUUCGUUUUUUAAAUAGCCAUAAUUAACAUUCUGCGAACAUGAGCCCACAUACCCUCCCUGCAGAAUGCUACAUGUUUGGUAGGUGAUGUAAAAGUAUGUACAGUAUGUUUUUCUGGAAAGUGUUUAUCUGCUCUUGUGACUGAUUUCUUUAAUGUUUUGGGUCUGGAGCAGAGUUCAGUUGGGUCACACGGUCAUAGCUUUUGUUCUGAUGCUUGAAUACUGGUUCCUGCCUUGUGUUAAGUGUGUAUUGUUGGUACAUGUGUUCAUAACAAUUGAUAAUUCAAGUGUACUUAAAAUGCUAUUAUUUUUAUAACACAUUCAGAAGGAUUGCACUGAAUUUACUUGAUUUAAAUAUGCAGAUUAUUUCAGUAUGUAGCAAUUUAGCUCUAUUCAUUCAGCCUACAGUAAUUAAGCUUCACUCAUUCAGCCUAUAGCAGUUUGGCUCCUUCCCUUCAGCCUACAGCGCUUCAUUCCCACUAAUUCAGCCUAUAGUAGUUUGUUAUAUUUAUGUUGGAAGAGCUUUUUGCUCACAUUUAAAAUAAUAAAAACAUUUAAAUCAAGUAAAUUCACUGUUAUUUUAUGUACAAAUUCAAACACACUAUUAAAAGGCCAGAUGAGCCACAGAGGAAAUGACAGUACUAUUUUGACAAAUGUACAGAUAGAGACAAAGUCUAUAAUUUAUGGUGCAAUUUUGUGUUAAAGUGAGUUAGUUUUCUUUUUUAUAUAAAUGAACUAGUUAAUUUGAAAUAAAGAGAGUUUAGUGAAAAGCUAUUUUAUUGAAGAGAUAUAGAGAUAUAUAGUUCCAUAUAUAGAUUAGUUUUUUAGUUUGUAAACCACUUUGACCCUUCAUCCUUACACUAGUUUCUUUUUUUUUCUCUAUUUUUGGUCAUUGUGAUACAUGGUUUAAGUAAGUUAUAAUGUGAGUUUCAAUUCAAAGCAAACUGACAAGCAUUAAAGUUUUAGCAGCCUUUUUAUUUGCAUAAUUACACUCAUGACACAGGACAUGCUUUGUUAAGUGUAUAUAUGAUAGAUUAUCGUGCACAAUAUAAACCUGAGUUAAGCAACACAUCCUUCUCUUUUGUGCAUAAAGAUGCUGCCUUACAGAGGAAAGUGCUGCUGCUGCUCGCUGCUGAUCAGUCCAGCAUGCUUCUAUAUAUAUCCUAAAAAAAAAUGUCUUAAACUACCAGGAGAACGGGGAGUACGAUAAGCAUUUUAGCUUACACUGAAUGUUCUACCAUUACUAAGCUCAAUAUUAUGCUGCUGCUCCUUUUCUGUGUAUUUUCCUCUUUUUUAUGCUGUUCACCUUUAAACUUUUACCUAGAAAUGCUAAAUAGGGAAAUCUUACAAUUUAAAUCUUUUAUUGUACAUGGAAAAAUAUUUGCAUGCUACAGACAGAAUGAACUGCAAUUGAAAAACCUAAAUUAGUAAAUGGUACAGUGAAAUAUAUUUGCAUUUUAUAUUGUACAGUUUAAAUCAGAAAGAUUUACAGUUACAAUAUAUUUUUUUUAUAAAUGCUAAAUUCGUAAAUGCCACAAUUAAAAUAUUCCAGUUUUUUACUUACUCCAAAUAAAUAUUUUGUUUUUUAAUUGCAAAACCUAAAUUAGCAAAAAGCUACAGCUAAAUAUAUUUAUAUUUUUAUUGUAAAAUUUAAAUGGAAAAACUUUACAGUUAAAAUAGUUCAUUUAAAUAAAUACUAUAAUACAGUUUUAAAUGUUUGUUAAUAUUUUAUUUUGUAAUAGGGGAAAAAAGAUACAUUUUCCACUCAAAAAAGUGUUCAGCUUGAUUUGUAAACACUGGUUUAUGUGUACAGGAUUAAAGAUAGACAGUGUUUAUACAUAUACCAGCUCAUUCAUGUGUUGUGUAAGGCCUGGUCGUGUUUUGGGUGUGUUUCCUGGAACAUGCAAUGCACAACAUUUUCAUACAGUUGCCUUUUAUUGUCUUUGUGGGUUCCUAUAAUUAAGCAAUGACUUAUUCAGAUCUUCAGACUGUUGGAGUUCGAAGUUAAAUGGUAAAACUGAUCAUACCUCAACAGGAUGCUACAUGGAAUUGUCAAUAUUGCAACAGAUAUGUUUUCUUUAGCGUUAUAAAACAGCUUUAGAAAGAUUAUUUUCUUUACUGCAUGUUCCUCAUGUUACUGAGUUAAAGAUACUUUCAAUGUUACAGUUUAUUAUUGUGAAAAAAACUGGCUCAGAAUGUGGACCUUGAAAUAAACAGAUGCUGGUUUGCCUGUU